AUGCCUCUGUCAACUCAGCCGCAAUCAGGAAAUGAUGAGUAUGUCCUGGUAGCUAGUCUGGAUAAUGUGAGGAACCUUUCCAACAUCCUGAAAGCGAUAUCCUUCAAAGACCACGCAAUAUUUAAUGCAACUCAAAACGGACUAAAAGUUACUGUAGAAGAGUCCAAAUGUCUUCAAGCAAAUGCGUUCAUUCAGGCGGAGAUAUUUCAAGAAUUCACCCUGAAGGAGGAUGUGGUUGGGUUUCAGGUGAACCUCACAGUGCUGCUGGAUUGCCUCACCAUCUUUGGGGGAAGCACAGUGCCAGGAGUGAGCACAGCUCUGAGAAUGUGCUACAAUGGCUAUGGCUACCCGUUAACCCUGUUCCUGGAGGAGGGAGGAGUGGUAACUGUUUGCAAGAUUAACACCCAGGAGCCAGAGGAGCCUUUAGAUUUUGAUUUCUGCAGCACCAAUGUCACCAACAAGGUGAUCCUUCAGUCAGACAGCCUGAAAGAGGCAUUUUCAGAGCUGGACAUGACCAGUGAGAUCCUGCAGUUAACAAUGUCACCAAGUCAUCCCUAUUUCAGGCUGUCUACAUUUGGAAAUUCAGGAAAUGCUCAUUAUGACUACCCCAAAGACUCAGACAUGAUGGAACUGUUCCAGUGCGCUAAGACACAGACCAACAGGUAUAAGAUGUCACUAUUAAAACCCUCCACUAAGGCACUGGCUCUGUCCUGCAAGGUGUCUGUGAGAACAGAUACUCGAGGUUUCCUCUCAUUACAGUAUCUUGUACGGAAUGAUGAUGGACAGAUUUGUUUUGUUGAAUAUUAUUGCAGUCCCGACGAAGAGGUUGAUGAAGAAUAGAGGAACAUGAAGGACCAUACGUGGUCCUUGUUAAAACUGGGCUUUUUUCUCUGUCCAUGUGGAACCGAGAUGCUACAGAUGUAGUUGUUCAUUGUGUUGAUUUUCAGGGCCCCCAUUUUUAAGGGUUCUGUGGUUUGUUGUAUGUUGUUGUAUAUUGUAUAUUUGAUAUGGCUAUAACUUACUGUGUAAUAUUACAAGCAAUAUUUUGUAAUUUAGUACUAUAUGAAUAAAUAAUGACAAUUAUUCAUUCA